UUCCACGAGAAAACCAAUUUCAAAUGGGGAGUCACUGAAAAGUUAUAUCUACAUCCCUUCUAUUUAAACUAAGCAUUUGAGCACGAAUCAUCGGAAAAUAUCCAAAAACUCUCCCCUAAAAUUCCAACGUUAUGGAUUCCAAUCCCCAAAAAGUUGUAUACAUCUCAGAGUCCUUUCUCAAACCCCACUCCACUCCAGAAGAAUCCAAGCUCCCAUAUUACCUCAGUCCAUGGGAUCUUGCCAUGCUCUCCAUGAAUUACAUCCAAAAGGGUCUUCUCUACGCCAAGCCUCCCGCCGCCGCCGUUGACGCCGGCCACUUCAUCGACGCUCUGUUGGGGAAACUCAAACACUCCCUCUCUGUUGCUCUUGUUCAUUUCUACCCACUCGCCGGACGACUCGCAACAAUUCAAUACGAAGAUGAAGGAUCUUGCCUCGUUUAUGUGGACUGCAACAACAGCCCCGGAGCCAAAUUCAUCCACGCCCGUCUCGACAUGUCGAUUUCUGACAUUCUUUCACCCGCCGAUGUUCCGUUAGUUGUCGAAUCUUUCUUCGACCAUGACAGAGCAGUCAACCACGACGGUCAUUCCAGGCCGUUGCUGUCAGUUCAGGUGACGGAAUUACUGGACGGCGUCUUCAUUGGGUGUUCCAUAAACCACUGCAUAGUCGACGGAACUUCUUUUUGGCAUUUCUUCAACAUGUGGUCCGAAAUUUUCCAAGCAGAGGAUGGCGAUAAGAUUUCAAUUUCACGCCCGCCGAUACUCCAGCGCUGGUUCCCGGAGGGCCAUGGCCCAAUCCUCAAACUUCCAUUCACCCACCAGGAUAAGUUUAUUACCAGAUUCGAAGCCCCCCAACUGAGCAAAAGAAUGUUCCACUUCUCGCCGGAAUCCGUGGGCACACUCAAAGCCAGAGCAAACGCAGAGUACAAAACCAACAAAAUCUCCUCCUUCCAGUCCGUAUCCGCACUCAUGUGGAGAAGCAUAACACGAGUCCGCGGCCUUCCACUGGACCAGACCAUCGGCUGCAUAUUUGCAAUUAACAGCCGAUCAAGACUACACCCACCCAUACCCGAAAAUUACUUCGGGAAUUCGUUUGAAGCUGGAAAAGGAGUUGCGACGGUGAAGGAGCUGCUGGAGAACAAUCUUGGGUGGGCAGCGUGGAGACUGCACGAGGCUGUGGUGAAUCACACGGACGAUGUGGUGAGAGAUCUUGUAAACAAAUGGCUGGAAUGUCCCUCCAUAUACCAAAUAGAGCAAUUGUUCGAUCCAUUGAGCGUAAUGAUUGGAAGCUCGCCCAAAUUCAACAAGUAUGGAAACGUGUUUGGAAUGGGGAGGGCGUUGGGUCUUCGAAGUGGGUAUGCGCACAAGUUCGACGGGGCAAUAUCUUGUUACCCAGGAUCUGAAGGAGGAGGAAGCAUGGAUCUGGAGUUGUGUCUUCCACUCGAUAUCAUGACUGCUCUGGAGGCUGAUGAGGAAUUGUCCAUGAGUGCUACCACUUCAUACACUCCCCUGCAUUAGUUGUUAUUGUUUUCCUGAUAACACCAAACUGAAAAUUCUUACAACUUUCACAUUUUCAAAUAAAGACUCCCUUUUCAAUAUUUUGGAAUCAUCAAGUACUGCGGAAGGUAACAUUUUCUCUCGUCGGAUGUUUUUGUAGUCUGUGUGAAUGGUUUUUUAAUGCUAGGCUGUAUGAGGAUAUGCGACCAUAUACAGAUGACAAUAAAAAUUGGAUGAUUAAACUAC